AACAUAAAAACAAGUAUAUAACGUAUACUUUUGCAACCCUAGGGAGAAAGAAGCUAAGCAAAAAUCGAAUCUCACACCUCACACUCUCUCUCCUUCACAUAACAUCUAUCUUCUUCUUCUUCUUCCUCCACAUUCUCUCUCUCUCUCUCUCUCUUUCCUCGCAGAUGUCUGGUUGUGUGGUGGUGAUAUGAAGAACACCACUCAAUCUCUCCUCCUCCUCUUCUUCUUCUUCUUCUUCUCUGUCCACUCUCUCUCCAUUUCAUCCAAUGCUCCUCUCACCGACAACGAAGUCCGCUUCAUCCAACGCCGACAGCUUCUCUACUACCGCGACGAGUUCGGCGACCGUGGAGAGAACGUGACCGUAGAUCCGUCUCUCGUCUUCGAGAACCCAAGACUCCGAAGUGCUUACAUAGCUCUUCAAGCUUGGAAGCAAGCCAUCCUCUCUGAUCCCAACAACAUCACCCUCAACUGGAUCGGAUCCAAUGUCUGUACCUACACCGGAGUUUUCUGCUCUCGCGCUCCCGAUAACCGCCGGAUCCGUACAGUCGCCGGUAUCGAUCUCAACCACGCCGAUAUCGCGGGGUACCUACCCGAGGAGCUCGGUUUGUUGACGGAUCUCGCCUUGUUCCACGUCAACACGAACCGUUUCUGUGGAACGGUUCCGCACAAGUUCAAGCAUCUCAAGCUCCUCUUCGAGCUCGAUCUCAGCAACAACCGAUUCGCCGGGAAGUUCCCGGCGGUGGUUCUUGAUUUACCGUCGUUGAAGUUCUUGGAUCUCCGGUUCAACGAGUUUGAAGGUACUGUGCCCAAAGAGCUCUUUAGCAAACCGUUAGAUGCGAUUUUCAUUAACCAUAACCGGUUCCGGUUUGAGUUACCGGAUAAUUUCGGAGAUUCGCCGGUUUCGGUGGUGGUGCUUGCGAAUAACCGGUUCCAUGGUUGUAUACCGUCGAGUUUUGUUGAGAUGAAGAAUCUGAAUGAGAUUAUUUUCAUGAACAAUGGGUUGAACUCUUGUUUGCCUGCGGAUAUCGGGAGGCUGAAGAACGUGACGGUGUUUGAUGUUAGCUUUAACGAGCUUGUGGGGCCGUUGCCGGAAAGUGUCGGCGGGAUGGUGUCGGUGGAGCAGUUGAAUGUGGCUCAUAAUCGGUUGUCGGGGAAGAUUCCGGCGAGUAUUUGUCAGCUUCCCAAGCUUGAGAAUUUCACUUACAGCUACAAUUUCUUCACCGGCGAGGCUCCUGUGUGUCUCAGGUUGCCGGAGUUUGAUGACCGGAGGAAUUGUUUGCCGUCGCGUCCUGCUCAGAGGUCUUCGGAGCAAUGUGCAGCGUUUUUGUCUCGGCCUCCGGUGGAUUGUGAAUCUUUUAAGUGUGGUCGUUCUGUUACACCCCUUCCUCCGAUUGUACCUCAAUUACCUCCUCCGCCUCCACCAUCGCCACCUCCACCAUCACCCGUCUAUUCUCCUCCUCCUCCUCCCCCUGUCUAUUCCCCUCCUCCGCCUCCCCCUGUCUACUCCCCUCCACCACCACCUCCUCCUCCUCCACCACCACCCGUCUACUCUCCCCCACCACCACCACCACCACCACCGCCUCCACCGCCUCCACCGCCUCCACCUCCACCUGUUUAUUCUCCCCCUCCGCCUCCACCACCACCACCGCCGCCUCCACCUGUAUACUCUCCCCCUCCACCACCACCUCCACCGCCACCAGUCUACUCUCCACCACCACCACCACCAGUUUACUCUCCCCCACCACCACCACCACCACCGCCUCCACCAGUUUACUCUUCGCCACCACCACCGCCAGUAUAUUCAUCUCCACCACCACCAGCUCCAAUUUAUUGCACUCGCCCUCCCCCACCGCCGUGCCCCUCACCUCCACCACCGCCACAUUACUCACCUCCACCACCACCUCACCAUUCUUCUCCCCCACCAUACUAUUACAGCUCACCUCCGCCACCACCACCACAUCACUCAUCUCCUCCCCCAUACUACUACAAUUCCCCACCACCCCCGCAUCACUCACCUCCACCACCAUACUACUACAAUUCACCACCACCGCCGCAUCAUUCAUCUCCUCCACCAUACUACUACAAUUCACCACCACCACCACACCAUUCGCCACCUCCCCCACCAAUGUAUCCUCACUCCCCACCACCACCACCACCACAUUCCCCACCACCGCCUCCUCGUUAUUCCCCUCCUCCACCUCCACCUUGUAUCGAGCCACCCCCACCCCCUCCCUGCAUAGAGUACUCACCACCUCCUCCAGUUUACAGCUCUCCGCCUCCACCAUCAGUUCAUUACAGCUCUCCGCCGCCACCAUCAGUCCAUUACAGCUCCCCACCUCCACCGACAGUCUAUUACAGCUCUCCGCCUCCACCACCGCCAUCUCCUGAAUAUGAGGGGCCAUUACCGCCAGUGAUCGGAGUAUCCUAUGCUUCUCCUCCACCUCCACCCUUCUAUUGAUUCUUGGACAGAUUGUUUUACAGAGAUUAAGCGAGUGAUCAAGAUUGUCUUAGAAGAUUUAUUUGAUGAAAAUAAGAACAAAAAGAAGAAGAGAUUAUUAUGGUUUCCAGGAAACAAAAAAAGUUGUAUGUAUAGAGGGAUGAUGAUAUAAUCGGAGCAACAUCUUCUGCUCCAUUGUUUUUCAAUUUGUGAGAUUAAUUUUAUUUUUGUGUUAUUUUUCAUAGUGAAACUCAGCAAGCAACAUUUUUCUCUUUUGGUUUUUCGUAUUUGAUCUAUCAGACGAGCCGUAGAGGCUUAUUACAUUUAUUUUUCAUUUCUCCA